AUGUCUCCCGAGCCGGAAUCUGAUAACCCCGCCCCCGAAAGGUCGGGAACACGGUCUUGCUAUGCCUGUCGCCGUAAGAAGAUCCGAUGCGACAGGAAUGAUCCAUGUUCGGCAUGUGUUCGCUCCGCCAAGACCUGCGUGUUCCCGCCCAUAGGUCCCCGGGUCCGCCGGACAAAGAAGACCAUCAUGGCGGACAUGGCAGGGCGACUAGCCAGCUUGGAAAAGACUCUUGCAAGAGUCGCUGCAGAGAGGCAGGCUACGGCUAUUCCUGAUAUUUUUGUCUUUGACAAUUCCGAGUCAACUGAAGAUGGUAGCGAGAGGUCUAAUGAUGAUGUCCUCUUGCAGAGAGGAUCAUCGAGCCAAUACUUUAACGAGAUUCUACUAUCAAGGAUGAUUGGAGAAGAAAAAAACCUCGAGUCUGCACUGACAGCGCCGACGCCACUACGUCUUGGCACAUCACCAUCACCAUUCAGUGCCAUGGGAAUAUUGUCUUCACCCUCCCUCUCACAACACCCAUCUAUCUUCCACCCCGACAAACCGAUAGCAGCCGAACUAUGGAACACAUAUGUCAGCAAUGUCGAGAACUGCCUUGGCUUGAGGAUUCUACAUAUUCCUACCGACGAGGUCAAGGUGUAUUCCGCCAUCCACAACCCCACGAAAGCCCCCUUUGAUGACCUGGCAUUCUGUUUUGCAAUUUAUUUUGCCUCCACCAUGUCUCUAGAGGAACCAGAUGCUCCGUCUAUGCUAAUCCUGGACAAGCCACGGCAGCUGCAGCUGUUCAAGUUUGGUCUUGAACAAGCUCUUGCGCAGGGUGACUUUUUGGAUCAGCCAACUCUGACAGGUCUCCGUGCCUUGGCCAUCUAUCUAUCUGCCCUUCGUGUUCACAACCGAGGCAAAGGAAUAUGGAUCCUCAACGGUCUCGCCAUCCGGAUUGCUCAAUCCCUCGGCCUGCACAGAGACGGCGAACGACUGGGUCUCCCGCCUUUCGAAUCUGAACUCCGUCGUCGGCUUUGGUGGCAUCUCAUCACCAGAGACAGUCGUUCUGGGGAAGACUAUGGGCUGGAAAAUUCGACCGGCAUGCAACCACAAUCUAACGUAAAACUACCCCUCAACAUCAACGACGAAGACCUCUCGCCAGAAAUGAAAGAGCUCCCUCCAGAAAAGCAAGGAUGGACGGUCAUGACCUUCUCACUGGUUUACAUCGAGCUUGCCAAGGCGAUACAGAAGCUUGCCACCGCUGUCUCAUCUCCCUCCCCAAGUGAAGAGACAAGACGUAAGAUCAUAGAAGAGGCCCGAUCUAAAGUCAUGAAGCGAGUAGAUGAGUGUGGUUCGGUGUCAUCGGGGUUGCCCCAGUAUCGUCUCACUGUGCACUGCGCCCGCUUCCUACUCCGCAAGCUUGACUUUUUCACCAGACAGCAAUGGCUUGCAUUACAACAUCCUGGUUCCCGAGAAGCAUUAGCUACAGAUGACGAUCUGCUAGAGGCAUUGGAUAUACUGGAGCCAAGGGUGUUUGGUGACGAACCUCUCCUGGGGCAAUACAGUUGGGCAAGAAAGGCUUAUCCGCAGUACCACGUCACCAUGUACAUCCUCUGGCAUCUGUGUACUCGGCCAAAUGGACCGCAUGUGGAUAGGGCUUGGAGAGCCGUCGAAGGCGUGUUUUCCACCGAGUUGGCUGAUGAGUUUGCCGACCGAGUUGGAUCCAAGCCCGCGGUUCUCGAAGCUCUCAAGUUGAAAGCCGAAGCACUCAGGAAGCAGAGCGCGACCAACCUUGGCAACGGGCCACUAGAGGAGCCAGGAGAGUCCCAGGGCGUCCCAGUGGGCGCACUCGAUGGACUAAACUUUGAAGACUCGGUAUUGGACAAUGGCGGGGAUGAGUGGUCACCAUGGACUUCAAUGAUGCAGGGGAUUUCCAAAGAAGAGGCUUUCCCGUGGUUUUGGUGA